AUGCUGCUGGAAAUGGAGCUGCAGCGCGACCGAGAUGGGCCCGGGGCCCCGGCGGCAGCGGCCGUCUGCACCUUCCGGGGAACUCGGGAGAUCCCACUGUGUGCCGGCUGCGACCAGCACAUCCUGGACCGCUUCAUCCUCAAGGCUCUGGACCGCCACUGGCACAGCAAGUGUCUCAAAUGCAGCGACUGUCACACACCGCUGGCCGAGCGCUGCUUCAGCCGCGGGGAGAGCGUCUACUGCAAGGACGACUUCUUCAAGCGCUUCGGGACCAAGUGCGCCGCGUGCCAGCUGGGCAUCCCGCCCACGCAGGUGGUGCGCCGCGCCCAGGACUUCGUGUACCACCUGCACUGCUUCGCCUGCGUCGUGUGCAAGCGGCAGCUGGCCACGGGCGACGAGUUCUACCUCAUGGAGGACAGCCGGCUAGUGUGCAAGGCGGACUACGAGACGGCCAAGCAGCGAGAGGCCGAGGCCACGGCCAAGCGGCCGCGCACGACCAUCACGGCCAAGCAGCUGGAGACGCUCAAGAGCGCCUACAACACGUCGCCGAAGCCGGCGCGCCACGUGCGCGAGCAGCUCUCCUCCGAGACCGGCCUGGACAUGCGCGUCGUGCAGGUGUGGUUCCAGAACCGCCGCGCCAAGGAAAAGAGGCUCAAGAAGGACGCGGGCCGGCAGCGCUGGGGCCAGUAUUUCCGCAGCAUGAAGCGCGCCCGCGGCGGCUCCAAGUCAGACAAGGACAGCGUUCAGGAGGAGGGGCAGGACAGCGACGCCGAGGUCUCCUUCACGGAAGAACCCUCCAUGGCCGAAAUGGGCCCUGCCAACGGCCUCUACGGCAGCCUGGGGGAGCCCACCCCCGCCUUGGGCCGUCCCACGGGAGCCCCAGGCAGCUUCCCGCUGGAGCACGGGGGCUUGGCCGGCCCGGAGCAGUAUCGGGAGCUGCGCCCCGGCAGCCCCUACGGCGUCCCCCCCUCCCCGGCUGCCCUGCAGAGCCUUCCUGGCCCCCAGCCCCUCCUCUCCAGCUUGGUGUACCCAGAUGCCAGCUUGGGCCUUGUGCCCACGGGAGCCCCGAGUGGGCCCCCGCCCAUGAGGGUGCUGGCAGGGAACGGACCCAGCUCUGACCUGUCCACAGGGAGCAGCGGGGGCUACCCCGACUUCCCUGCCAGCCCCGCCUCCUGGCUGGACGAGGUGGACCACGCUCAGUUCUGA